AUGUCAGCUCCAGAUACGUCUAAUUCAGAUGUCAAAGGAGGUGCCUCCUCGACCAACCCUCAGAAAUGGCCAGAGUGGAAGAAAAAUGCCCAGAUUCUGAUGGUUGCUUUUCAUUCAAUGGUCGCGACCUUCAUGGCUGCAGGCAUCAUCCCAGCAUACGACACCAUGGCCGAGGUGUACGGGGUUACGGUGCCGCAAGCAAGCUAUCUCACUUCGAUGCAGAUCUUGCUUCUAGGGAUCUGCCCAUUAUUUUGGAAGCCUCUUACCUCGAUCUACGGCCGCUAUCAUAUUUUCAUACUAUCGGUGCUCGGGAGCAUGGUAUGCAACAUCGGUGGAGCUCGCUGCACGACCUAUGGAACUCAAAUGGCCACACGCGUCCUGACAGCCAUCUUUAUCUCGCCACCUAUGGGCAUAGGCAGCGGCAUCAUCACGGAGCUCUGUGAACCUGAAAAGCGAGCUCAGAAGCUGGGGUGGUGGACGCUGAUGCUCACUCUCGGGACGCCAGGAGGACCUUUCAUCAUGGGUUUUGUGACGAAACACAUUGGUUACCAAUGGAUGUUCUGGAUCUUUGCCAUCAUGAACUUUUGCCAGCUCGUCGCCUACUUGUUCUUGGGCGAAGAAACUCUUCACAUCCCAGAGAACAGCCACACUCCCGCUGCAAGCCCCCACAAAUCCCGUUUCUACCACAAAUUCAUCCCACGCCGAAUGAACCCCCGGCCUUUCAAGGCACGCGAAUUUGUCGAGCCCCUCUUCUACGUGCGGCUUCCGCGUGUCCUCAUUCCCGCCUGUGCUCACGCCAUAGUCUUUUGCUACGGAAACAUUGCCCUCAUUGUGGAGAUGCCCAUUGCCUUCGGGGAGAAAUUCGGCUUUGACUCGCAACAAAUCGGCUUGCAGUUCAUUGCUAUCAUCAUCGGCUGCUUGCUCGGCGAGCAGCUGAGCGGUCCCAUUUCCGACCGUUUCUUGCAAGCUCUUCAGAAACGCAGAGGCCAUUACCGCCCAGCAGACCGUCUUUGGUUGUCCUAUGUCGGCUUCGGGACCGUCAUCGCCGGCCUUCUGGUCUGGGGGUUCCAGCUUAGCAAGGCCACGUCCUGGAACGUGACUCCCUGCGUGGGCGCAGCAAUUGCCAGCUUCGGUAACCAAGUGAUCACCACCAUCCUGAUCUCUUUUGCCAUUGAUAGCCAUCGCGAGGUGGCUACAGAUAUUGGGGUUUGCAUCAACGUGUUUCGCCAUCUUUAUGGAUUCAUUGGUCCGUUCUAUUUCCCAGACAUGUUCGAUACAUUGGGGUUGGCUGGUGCGGCUGGGGUUAUGUGUGCAAUUGUCGGAGCGUGCGCCAUGCUGCCGAUUGUUGCCGUGCACGUAGUCGCCACGCAGUCUGACUGGUAACAUUUGACUAGGUGGCAGGUCGAAUUAAAUCAGGGGGAGUAACCCAAGGUACGCAUAGCUUGUCAAAGAUGGACGGUUCUGGAAGAAGUCAUGUACUGUCAAGACUAUAACAUAGCAUCCGAAUUAAUGCCCUUGGACAAGUGAUGACAGUAGUAUGAUAGAAGGUUGUCAGUAUCCUGAAGUAGUUUAUUUAUCAAGGAGGUCUUCGUUCAACUUUUACGUAUGCGAUCUCGUCAACGCUCGUCUUUUCGAUGCAGUAGAGUAUGCCAUGCUCAUCUUUGACCUGUUUUUUUCAGGCAAUUUGGCGGCGGAAAGCAAUCGUCUUCAGGCAAUGGAGUGAACGGUCG